AUGUUCCGAUUCGCCCGCGGUCGCCCCAUUGCCGCGGCUUUCAGAGCCGCUACGGAAUCCUCCGUCCAGUCCCGCCUGGCCCAGCAGCAGAAGCGGAACCUGUCCAUCCACGAAUACCUCUCCGCCAGACUCCUUAAGCAGUAUGGCAUCGGUGUCCCCAAGGGUGAGGUCGCUCGCUCCGCUGAGGAGGCUGAGGCUGUCGCUCGUUCCAUCGGUAACGAUGACAUGGUUAUCAAGGCCCAGGUUCUUGCCGGUGGUCGUGGUAAGGGUACCUUCGACAACGGCCUGAAGGGUGGUGUUCGCGUCAUCUACUCUCCUACCGAGGCCAAGAUGUUCGCCGACCAGAUGAUCGGCCACAAGCUCGUCACCAAGCAGACCGGCGCCGGUGGUCGCCCUUGCAACUCCGUCCUGAUCUGUGAGCGCAAGUUCGCCCGUCGCGAGUUCUACCUCGCCAUCCUCAUGGACCGUGCUACUCAGACCCCCAUCAUUGUCGCCUCCUCGCAGGGUGGUAUGGACAUUGAGACCGUCGCCAAGGAGAACCCCGACGCGAUCAUCACCACCCCCAUCAACAUCAACGUCGGUGUCACCGACGACAUCGCCCGCACCAUUGCCACCGACCUCGGCUUCUCUGAGCAGUGCAUCGAUGACGCCAAGAGCACCAUCCAGAACCUGUACAAGGUCUUCAUGGAGCGCGACGCUACCCAGAUCGAGAUCAACCCUCUGUCCGAGACCUCUGACCACCAGGUCCUGGCCAUGGAUGCCAAGCUCGGCUUCGAUGAGAAUGCCGAAUUCCGCCAGAAGGACGUCUUCUCGUGGCGCGAUACCACACAGGAGGAUGCCGAUGAGGUCAAGGCCGCCGAGCACGGUCUGAACUUCAUCAAGCUGGACGGUGACAUUGGCUGCCUGGUCAACGGUGCCGGUCUGGCCAUGGCCACCAUGGAUAUCAUCAAGCUGAACGGUGGUAACCCCGCCAACUUCCUGGACGUUGGUGGUGGUGCUACCCCCGCUGCUAUCAAGAGCGCCUUCGAGCUCAUCACCUCCGACCCCAAGGUGUCUGCCGUCUUCGUCAAUAUCUUCGGUGGUAUUGUCCGCUGUGACGCCAUUGCCCAGGGUCUCAUCAACGUUGUCAACGAGAUGGGUCUGCGCACCCCCAUCAUUGCCCGUCUCCAGGGUACCAACAUGGAGCAGGCCCACAAGCUCAUCAACGAGUCCGGCCUGAAGAUCUUCUCCAUUGAGGAUCUGCAGAGCGCCGCCGAGAAGUCGGUCCAGUUCUCCAAGGUCGUCAAGAUGGCCCGUGAGAUCGACGUUGGUGUUGAGUUCACACUCGGCAUCUAA